AUGCCCCAGACUGUGUGCCCAGGCACCAUGUUCACCACUCCCAGUGGCUUCAGCCCCCACCUGGCCUGCGCUGAGCCUGGGGAGGAGGAAGAGGCCCCACAAGAGGGCCCGGGGCCUGGGGCUUGCCUGGCCGAUGGACCUCCCAUCACCUCCGCCUCCCUGGAUACCCUUAUCCAGAACCUGGUGCCCACUGCUGAUUACUACCCUGAGAAAGCCUAUGUGUUUACCUUCUUGCUGAGUGCACGUCUGUUCAUCCCUCCUCCGGAGCUGCUGGCCAGGGUGUGUGAGUUGUGCAUCAAACAGCAGCAGCUGGAUCAGAGCCCACUUGACACAGCUAAAGUGCGUAAGUUUGGCCCUAAAAUCCUUCAGCUGCUGACAGAGUGGACAGAGACGUUUCCCUCUGACUUCAGGGAGGAGAAGAUGGUUGCACACCUAAAGGACAUCAUCCAUAGGAUAGCCCCCUGUGAUGAGGCAUACUGGAAGACCCUGAACCAGGUGCUACAGAAACUGAGCCACAAGUUGGCCCUGAUAAGCCAGGGGGAAGAGAGCAUCGUCAAGGUCUCCCUCAACGCCUCCUCCAUCUCGGACAAGCUGGUGGCCUUUAAGACCAAGCCUCCCCCCAUCCAAAAGGACAUGCUCUCCAUCUGCAACGACCCAUACACCCUGGCCCAGCAGCUCACCCACGUGGAACUGGAACAUUUGAGUCACAUUGGGCCAGAAGAAUUCAUUCAAGCUUUUGUCCAGAAAGACCCACUAGAUGGCACACAGCCAUGCUUCAGUGACCAGAAGAAAAAAACCUCCAACCUGGAAGCCUACGUCAGGUGGUUCAACAGACUGUGUUAUCUGGUGGCUACAGAGAUCUGCAUGCCCGCCAAAAAGAAGCAGAGAGCCCAGGUUAUAGAGUUUUUCAUCGAUGUGGCCAGGGAGUGUUUUAACAUCGGAAACUUCAACUCCCUUAUGGCCAUCAUCUCUGGUAUGAACAUGAGUCCUGUGUCACGGCUGAAGAAGACUUGGGGUAAAGCCAAGACUGCCAAGUUCUUCAUCUUGGAGCAUCAGAUGGAUCCCACCGGGAACUUUUACAACUACAGAACUGCCCUGAGGGGGGCCGCCCAUCGCUCUCAGACGGCCAACAGUAACAGGGAAAGGAUCGUGAUUCCCUUCUUCAGCCUGCUGAUCAAAGACAUUUACUUCCUAAAUGAAGGAUGCGCCAAUCGCCUGCCAAAUGGCCACGUCAACUUCGAGAAAUUCGUGGAGUUGGCGCGGCAGGUUGGCGAGUUCAUGACUUGGAAACAGGUGGAGUGUCCCUUUGAACAGGACAGGGCCAUCCUACACUACCUCCACACUGCCCCCAUCUUCAGUGAGGAUGGACUCUACCUUGCAUCCUAUGAGAGCGAGAGUCCAGAGAACCAGGUGGAGAAGGACAGAUGGAAAGCACUCAGGUCUAACGUUCUGGGGAAGACAUGAGGUGCUAAUGGCUGCUAACCCUCACGCCAGCGAGGGAACGUGUACCCAUUGCACUAAAAUGAACUGUGAAGGAACCUAGCUGGUACUUAGGUGUUUUUAUAUGAAGAAAAGACAAACAAAACAAACACACAAACAACAAACGAACAAACGCCCCCCCCUCCCCCAAUGAUGAACAGGUUUCAUCAAAAACAAGGAUAAUAUGCUGAGGAAGGAU